UCAUGGGACCACAUGCGACGAUGAAGUUGAUGUUAGGUUUGCAGGGGUUGCUAGUCUAUUUAUGUGUUUUGAGUCUGUGCUCUCUGAGCUUUUCUGAUGAAAAUAUUAAGUGUACAAAGAUUAAUGGGUGCAAAUGUGUAUUGUCAGGUGGUAUACGUAUAGAUCUUACUCGACUCAAUAAUGAAGCGAAGUGGUUAAAUGCUUCACUGGGAAAUGUGUCAUACUUUUUUCACAGUUGUUCAAAUGUUCCAUUUGGUAAUCACACAGGCAACGAUGAUUGCACUUCAGGAAGUUCAGUCUGUUUGUUUAACAGAACAACAAGUGCAUAUCAGAAUCUUGGAACCACUGAAGAUGCCAGUUUUUUAUUUGAUAAUUUAAAAGAUCCUCCUGUCCUGCUUUAUAAACAUGGAAACAUCACAACUGCAAUUCUGUUACAAUGUGUCUACAGUACACAGACUUCAUUCAGUGUUGUAGAUGGUCAAGAUAAGGAAGUUACUCAUAAAUUGAGGCUUGAAAGUAAAUGGGCGUGUCCAGUCAUUGAACUAACAAUAAAUAAAACUGCCUCACAGAACUCCAGUAACAGUGGUCUGUCUACAGGCUCUGUGCUAGUUAUUCUAUUUGUUGUGUUUGCAACAUUGUAUUUUGUUGGAGGGGCAGUUGCAUUGCGGUUACUUCGGGGUGCUGCAGGAAGAGAAAUGAUUCCUAAUUAUGACUUCUGGGUAGAUUUGCCAAAUCUUGUCAAAGAUGGAAUGACGUUUGUGAUAAAUGGGUGCCGUUCCACCCCUGGCUAUGAUCGGAUUUGAAUCUCAGGACAUCUUUCAUUUGUAGCUCAAAGAUACUUACAUUUUUAAAUUAUCCCUUAAACCUAAAGGUUGGAAUAAAAUUAUAUGAAUUUAUGUUUACCUGUCAUAUCAUCCGGUGUGAUAAACAAAAGGUACUGUGUUUAUAUCCAUUGUGCAGUUCAUCUUUGUAUGUGCUUAAUUGUGAAAUGAAGAGUUGUUGGUAGUUAUGUGUUAAAGAG